GUCCCUGAAACACUUGAUUUCUGCUUGCUGCCUGCAGCCAUGUGGCUUGUUCUCCUACUCCUGCUGUGGCUGAGUCCUGUGGCCCCAAAUUGGGAGACAGGCAGCUGCUCCCAGCCCCAGCCCCUCUGCUGCCUUGGAAUAGAUAACCACUGCAAGAGUGGAAACUGCUACUGCGAUGCAUUCUGCCAUAAGGCAUCAGACUGCUGCCCAGACCACCACGCCCUCUGCAGCACCGGUAACUCACCGGCAGGCACCUUUCCACCCCUCCUAGAGCCGAAUGCUGUGAUUGACAGAGACAAGCCCCUCCUAUCUACUUCAGGCCAAGCUCCUCAGAAUACCAAGAUGGUGCUGCAGAUGGUGUUGAGGAUGGAGAACCCACCAAGCCCUAAGAGAAGCAAUCUCAACCGGGUGCAGAGCAUGGUGAGUGCCCGGAGGUUCUCCCCGAAAGGGUGGGGGCAAUCUGCUCCUGCCUCCCUGGCUUCCAGGCCCCAGAGUCAGGGAGCAAUUUACUGAAGGGGAAGAGAGGCCUGA